AGGCAGGAUGCGGCCGCUGCUGGCGGCCUGCGUGGCCCUGAGCUUCCUCGCGGGGAGGAAGGCCGAGGAGGGGUGCGGCGGCCCCCCGGCGCCCGCGGAGCCGGCCCGCUCGGCGUCCUCGCCGCGGCUCAGCGCCGAGGAGGCCCACUCGGCCCACAUGCCCGAGCACCUCCGCUGCGACGCCUGCCGCGCCAUCGCCUUUCAGAUCGGGGAGCACCUGGGCAAGGCCGAGUCCAAGCCGUCGCCCAACAGGAAGGCGGGCGCCGCGCUGCGCGAGUCCGAGUACCUGGAGGCGCUGGAGAAGAGCUGCUCGCGGAGCUGGGACGACUACGGCGUGUUGGAGACGAACGGGGCGAAGCGCCUGUCGGGGCCGGGGCUGCUGAGCCAGGAGCCCAUGAGCGUGAUGAUGAUGGGGGGACCGUGGCCAGGCAGGUUGCACAAGAUGUGCCACAGCUACGUGGGCGAGCUGGGCGAGGAGCAGCUCUACGGGGCGCACCGCCGCGGGCCCGCCGCGCUGGAGGAGCUGCUCUGCCGUGGCGCCAAGGGCGCCUGCGCCGGGCUGCCCGGUGCCAAGGGCCCGCCGCCGGCCCCCGCCAAGGCGCGGCAGAACGAGCUGUAGCCCCGCACUGGCCCCGGCACGGCCCCGGCGGAGGGGGUGUCCCAGAAAAACAACAACAAAAAAAACCAAGUUUCCCUCCUCCCUCCA